CGCGUUGCCUCGCCCGAUGCACGCGUGUCCUCGGCUGUGCGCAGUAGUUAGUCGUCCAUGUCGAUGAGUAGACCAUGGCUGAAUGGUCUCUACCCGACCUCGACUGUCCGAUAAACCGAUUUGAUUCUUAUCACUACGCGACCUACCCCUCGUAUCGUCAGCGAGAACCCGUGCCGCGAGUGUCUUACUGCCCGCCGCAAGCGCAACCUAGCCAGCCUGCAGCUUCGUCAGCCACCAUGGCCAUGCAUUUUGCUCCUCAAAUGCACUAUGCCAGCGCACCAGCUCCGGUCCCCAGGGGAGAAAACCCCCGUGAGAUGCGGAAUCGUGCAGAGAAGAUGAGAAGGGACCGGCUGAACCAAUCCGUCGCUGAGCUGGCCUCCAUGGUGCCACCAGUGGUCGCUGCCAGGCGCAAGAUUGACAAGACCACUGUGCUUCGUCUCACCGCACAUUACUUGAGAGCCCACCAGUAUGUGUUCGGUGACUCCAUCGGUCAGUCCCCUCAGGAGUUCAAACCGGACUCCAUGUUGAAGGUGCUGAGCAUGUUCAACGGCUUCCUGAUCACCACCACCUACCGGGGCAUCAUUGUGGUGGCCUCUCAAAAUGUGCACCAGUAUCUUGGAUACACUGAGCUCGAUUUGCUCGGCCAGAACCUUAUGAACAUAACCCAUGAAGAUGAUCGAGCUAUGCUGAGAGAACAAUUGAUGCCUAAGAGCCAAACUCUUGGCCCCAAUGGAGAACUCAUGAUUAUGGAUGAACCUGAUGCCAUUCGCAAAGCUGAAGAAGCUCUGGCCCAGGAGAAGAGGCAAUUUAUAAUAAGGCUGAAGAAGCUAGGCCAGCGGUCUGAGCCGAACCAGUACAUCACGUGCCACGUGGAGGGCUCGCUGAGGAAGUCUGACCGCGCGUGUCGUGGUUACAACCGCUGCUGUCAGAUCGUGCGCCGUGCUCGCGCGCGCUCUGAGAACCCUUGCUCCAGUGGAAACGAUAUCGUGUUUAUAGGUGUUGUGCGACCCACGAGCGAGACUUUCAUCAACGAGAGUGCUCUUGAGUCAUACCGCAUGGAGUAUCGCACCCGGCACUCGAUCGACGGCGAGAUAAUCCAGUGCGAGGCGCGCAUUGCUCUCGUCACGGGCUACAUGACGCACGAAGUCAGCGGAGUCAACGCGAUGAACUUCAUGCACCGCGACGAUGUCCGCUGGGUCAUCAUCGCGCUCCGAGAGAUGUAUGACCAGCAUAGGCUAUUUGGAGAGUCAUGCUACCGUUUAAUCGCGAAGAACGGCCAGUCCAUCUACAUGAGAACCCGCGGUUGCCUGGAGGUAGACAAAGAGACAAGAGCCGUCACCAGCUUUGUCUGCACCAACACGGUAGUGAACGAGGAAGAAGGGAAGCAGCUCAUCAAACUCAUGAAGAAAAAGUUUGCUAUGAUGGUGAUCAGCAAAGAAGAUGUUGCACCAGCUGAAAAGUCAGUGAGUAAUGAAAUAGCACCUCCAGCAGUAAAUGACAAAGAAGAUGAAGUACAAGAAGAAGAAGAGGAAGAGGAUGAGGAGGAGGAUGAGUCUGAGGAUGACGAUGACGAUGAUGAUGACGAAGACGAUUCCGAUGAAGAAGACCAAACUGAUGAAGACCAAGAUGCACCAGUUGAGGAUCCACGGCGUUUGGAACAAGUCAUUUUACAUCUGGUGACCAACUUGCCGUCGCCUUCUUCAAAUGACAGCGAUGAUGAUGGCUGUUCAGGUGCCUCAUCCGAAAAGAGCAUGUCGCCACACCGACUCACUAUAAUUCCACCUAACAGAGAAAGGAUUGUAAGUGCAAUCGAGAAGAUCUACAGCGUUGUCAAAUAUUUCCAAAAAGGUUCAAGACGCCGACAAAAUGUUACUUUUGAGAACAGAACCCGCCAUGGUAAUGGAGUACGUAAGCGUAAACAAAAUAAAUCUAACCGUAAUAAACGUUCCAACCGAAUUAAAACUGCAAAUAUAAACGUACCUGUAGUCAGCAGUAUGCCUGUGGCACAGCCAGCACCAGCUGCUCAGAACGUGACUUCUACAAUACCAGAGAUUCCUACUGCUCAGCCCAUGAACGAUUCUGGAAAGUCCAUGGUAAACCACGUGCCUCCAACAGACUAUGUGAACUAUGGGGCUUCGACAAGCUCAUUCUCUAAUUUGGAGUUUAUGUACCCGAACAAUAACAAAAGUGGGGAAGACUAUUUGAAUGAGCAACUCAACUGCACAGAUGAUAAUGAAACGCCAAGCCCAUACCCUGAUGUGGAUAUUUUACUGGAAGAGUUUUUGAAGGAGCAAUGCAACAGCACAGAUGAGAAUGCAUAUUGUGCCACAGAACUGGCAAUGAGUGCAACGAUGGCUGGUUUCGAGGAGGCAGCCAGCGCCUUGCCAAUGGUGCCGCAGCCGGCCUCUAGCUGUGUCAAACGCGGAACUAAGCGCCCGGCUUCAAACGAGUUUGAAGACUUCGGUCCGGUUUACAAGAAAACGACAACUGAAGAACAAUUAGUAAGGGAACAUGAACCAACAGAAGAUGGAAGCAUACCAGAAGAUGGAAGCAUACCAGAAGAUGGAAGCAUAACAGAAGAUGGAAGCAUACCAGAAGAUGGAAGCACACCAGAAGAUGCGCUUGCCACGCUCGACCAUUUGUUAUCUCUUAUCAACUUAGAGGAAAUUAAUGCUCUAAUCGCAUCAUUGACGCCAGACGAAUUUCCCGACUUGGAACCGGACGAAGUGGAGGACUUGCUGAGUCAGGUAGAUACGUUACGACGGAUGCAACGAAUUCUCGACAAUCCGGGAGAAGAAUAAGCAGCCCGUUAUUCACAUGCUGGUAGUUUUUUUGGAACAAAACUACCAAUAUGGUAGUUCGAUCAAACUUUUUUUUCUCUUUCUACUUUUAAGCGCAGCUGCAGCUGUGUUUUUAGAAAUAUUUCUUUUGUGUUUAUAUUUUUGUAACAUAUGCAUCUGUUCACUACGAUAUUUUCUGAGACCUAUGCGUAACGCAUAGUCAUCAAAAUGUACUUGGAGUCAAAGUCAAGUCGAAAAGAUCUCGGUUUUUGUUAUUAAUUCAGUGUCGUGGUAGACGAUAAGAUAUAUUUAGUUAAUAGGUACUUGUGUAGUAUCGGAUUUAGUGUCAUUCACCCUUAAUUUCAAGCUGUUCAAAUGUCAGGAUCGCUGAACCGGGUGUACUAUGCCAAAUCGAAUGACAAAUAAUCGAAUGCCACCACUGUGUGUGUGAAUGAUCGACCACUAUAAAUCGAAAUUCUAAAUACUCGAACAUUCAUAAUAUCGAAUGGUUUUUAAAUGGAACAUUCAAUACAUCGCGCAGUCAAUACAUCGAGUGUUCAAAAUAUC